CGUUGACUAUUUUGAGGUGUCAAAGUGUCAGUCCAGUAUUUAUUUUUCCAAUUGGAUUUUUGAGAACUCGGAAAUUUAGCAAGAUUUUAUAGAUUUAGCGUAAAUAUUUUGGAAGAAAGAGUCCCAACAGUACGGUAUGCCAGGAGAAGAAGCAAACGAGAGUAAGGCACAAAAAUUGGCUGCCGCAAGGAAAAAGUUGAGGGAAUAUCAGAAACGUGGCGCUGCGGAAAAUGCAAAUUCUGCACCUACAGAAUCGCAUAGCAAUAGUAUCGCUGGUGGCAGCAGUAUUUCGAGUAACAUAUCUGAAGCAUCCGAUUAUGAUAUAUCUAACAAUGGACAUGAGACAACAAGCACUAAUAUGCAAAUAUCAGCCAACAAUAACAUUGCGACGGAUAUUUCAGCAUCAGCAGAGAUAGCAGUAAAUACAUCAGAAGUUAUUGAAACUCCUGAUUUUUCUUUGUCUGCGCCAGCACCUUCCACUGCCGCUAGUUAUUUCCAAACAACUACGCAAGACAUUCCAGCAUUAACGCAGGAUAGUUUUGCGGCGCCAACAGUUGCAUCGCCUGCGAUAAGAGAAUAUACAACAGAUCAAAUGCAACUUCAAAAUAUUAAUGCAAUUCAAGUGCUUAUAACUGAAAAGGCUGCGUUAACAACCGAAUUGAAUAAAUGUCGCUCUUUAUGUAGAGGGCGGGAAUUGGAAACCGAAGAACUACGUACACAGUUAGAAUCGACGACACAACGUCAAGAAGAACUACUACAACACUAUCAAGUUCAGCAACAAAGCUUAGAGCAUUUGCGUAACAAAAAUGCUGAGCUGCAACAUAAAUUGACCCAGGCGACUGCAAAGCAAGAAGAUCAAGCUGGCCAUCUGGAUGAGUUAAAACGACUGCUAGAUGUAAUGCAGCAACGGGCCACAGAGGUAGAACACCAGUUCAAAGAAAAAUCUAAUGAGCUAGAAAUGGCACAACUGCGCAUACGACAACUGUCAGAUGAGGCAAAUGUGAAUCAGCCCGAUAAUCGUGUAGAAACACUUACACAAACACAAUUCAUGUACGAACAGCAGAUCAGAGACUUACAGGCUAUGGUGCAGCAGCUGACAUACGAUAAGGAGCAAGCAAGCAAUCAAUAUCAGAGUUAUGUAAAACAUUUAAAUUCGGAAUUAAGCAAUUUGACCGAAAAGAAUUCUGAAUUACUGGAUGAAUACACAAAGCAGCAAGAGCGUGAACGUCAACUGGUCGAUCAUAUAGGCGCACUUGAAAAAGACAUACAAAGGAAUAUAAGCCGACAAGAUCAGUUGAGGAAAGAGAAGGAACAGGAAUCUCUAACGCGCAGUGAAGCGCCAGUCCAAGAAGUUGAAAAACUAAAAGAACAAAUUGGCGAUUACGAAAUGGAACGUCAUGAAUUUCAACUGAAAAUUAAAUCUCAAGAAGAUCGUCUUGAAAUACUCAGCAGCGAACUACAAGAGAAGCAAACCAGAUUGGAUCAAUUGGAGGAACAUGUGAGAAAUUAUGCUUCCGAACAGCCCGACCAAGUCAAAUUAUUAGCCACAAUGGAAUCGGACAAAAUCGCAGCUUCCCGCGCGCUUGCACAAAACAUCGAACUGAAAAAACAACUAGAUGAGUUGCAGCUGCGCUUCGUACAGUUGACAAAUGAUAAAGCGGAUUUAAUGAAUAAAUUGGAUGCUGAAGAGCAUGCCAAUCGUGAAAUGCGCGCGAACUACAAUGAAAUGGAAGAACGUCUACACAAUAUUGAUGAGCGUUUCAAAUAUAAGGACGAAGAAAUGAUACGACUCUCACAUGAGAAUAUGGAACUAACUAACAAAGCGGCAGCGUUGCAAUGGAAACUGCAACGACAGGUAAAAAAAAAAAUUCAGUGUUUCUGUGCUAAUUUAUGCUAUUUUCAGGGAAAGAAGUUAGAUGGACACAAUCAUUCGUACGAGCCCAACGAUGAAUUGCACGAACAUCAACACAACGGCUGUGACGACGAACAUGAACAUACCCAUGGAGAUGAUCGUAACGAAUACGAACAUGAUCAUCACAAGCACGAGCAUGAUCACCACGAACACGAGCCUGAUUAUCACGAACAUGAGCAUCAUUAUCACGAACAUGAGCAUAAUCAACACGGUCACGAGCAUGAUCAUCACGAACACAAUCAUGGUCAUGACGAGCAUAGUAGCGACCACGAACAUAAUCUCAAUAAUGAGAAUAAGAAUUCGCAGCACCAUCACCAACAUGUGAAGCAAUUAUCCACAAGCAGCAGUAACACUAGCACACCAUACCUACCGACCGAGGAAGCUGUCGAGCGUUUAGAGCAACGCUUCACACGCCUCAUGUCACAGGUGGCCGAUUUAACUGAUGAAAAACAACGGUUGGAACAUUUAGUACUACAACUGCAAGGCGAAACUGAGACUAUUGGCGAAUAUAUAACGCUGUAUCAAACACAAAGACGCAUGCUAAAACAACGCGAGUACGAAAAAGCUGCACAAAUGCAGCUCCUGCAACGUGAACGUGAGCAAUUGCGCGACCGAAUCGCCAUACUUAAUAAUCUAGUGAAUAGUCUACGCGCAGAUAUGCCGCAAAGCAUACCGAACCUACAAGAAAAUUUCCACACAAGUGUCAUAGCAAAUGACGAUAAUAUUAAUGAUACCAACACGCCUUUGAUUGUAGAAGCUAGUGAAGCGCUUGAAGAGCAACACGAUCAACCAGAUUCACAAUUGCCUGCGAAUGAGUCACGCCAAAUAUUAACAAAAAUUCAAAAUAUAAUUUCUGAAAUAAAUGAGAACACACAGCACAUUCCUGAUGUGGCAACGGCGCAAACAGUCGAUCAUAUAAAUUGUUGUCUUGGCAAAAUCGAAGUUGUUUAGAGCCUACAAAAUGUCUAUGUGCAUAGAUGGAAUGUGUGUGUCUGUGGUUAUGUUCGUCAUUGCAGUCAUGCACAGCGCAAUGGGGUUUCAAAUGUGUUUGUUUGUAUGUAAGCUACCUAUAUUGUUAUGUAUGUUUGUCAACUUAUUGGACUUUUGUGUAACGCCAAUAUUUUCGAUAAUUAUGGAAUUACGAUUCUUGUCACUUUAUUGACCUUAUUUACAGUGUUUCAAAAAAUAUAAUACAAUAAUAUUUAAAUAAAAUUUGUAAUUUUUGUGCCGUAAUGAA